AUGGUUGAGUUAUCGGCCACCAGCAGCGGCUAUGCAACACUCACUCCCGACGAAGUGCACUACAAGAUGUGUAAGAAGAUAGCACAGUUAACGAAGGUCAUCUUCCAUCUGAACUCGAAGAACGAGGAGAAUGAAAGAUUAGUACAAGCACACACGAAGACCUACGAGAGAGAGGUCGAUGCUUUAACGAUCGAGUACAACACCCGGGUGAAGACUUUACGUGAUCUAGUCAAGCAAACAAAGAUCAAGGAAGAGAACCUUGUGGGUGAAGUCGACGAUGCGAAGGCCGCUGCACGCAAAGAAAAAGAGAAAGCGGCAGAGAGAGUUGAGUGUCUCGAGGAAGAGUUCACAAGGGCUUGUAAAGGACAGGAAGAGGCCUUCGAAAAUGAGCUCGCCAACGUUCUUUCGAGGGUUCGAGUCACACAGAGCGAGAAUGAGAAAGAAAGAGCAGCGCUCAUGAACUCGAUAAACGAGUUGAAGCAUCAACAUGUCGCUGAAGCAGAGGCUUCACGCAAGGCACAUGAGCGACAGCUCUCGUUAGUCAACUCACAACUGGAAACAGCAAAGGAGGAAUGGGAGAAGCAGCUUAUACUCAAACGAGAGGCUCGAGCUGUAAACAGGCAUACUAAGGAACUGAAGAAGUUGAAUGAAAACCAUAGAGCGGCUUUGAUUAAUGCGGAGAACAUUCUGAAAGAAAAAGCCGAGAAGGCAGAGAAGAAGCUGAGGUCUGAAAUGUUAUGCAUGGAGGAGAGGGUAGAGGCUUUGCGUGGCGAGUUGACGAAAAGAGAGAAAGACCUGGAAGGACUGCGGUCCGUGCUUGAAGACUCACGCAGGCAACUCAGCGACUUUGAGUCUGAACUCAGUAACAAAGAUGCGAAGGUGGUGGAACACGAACGAGAGUUACUUGAGCUACAGAAGAUGGUGGAUCAACAAGACGCUUUCUUGCGAGAAAAACAGGGGGAGAUUGAACAGCUGGAGGGCGAGAAAACGAGGCGAGUCUCCUCAGCCUGGGAGCUCUCGUCGGCGUUGCAGAAACGAGACUGUGAGCUAGCUCAGAAGGCUUCCAAUGCUGGCGCUGUCACUGAAGCCCUACGAGAAGCUGAGGCUCGAGUCAAGGAGAGAGAUAAUGCUCUUGCUGAUGCUUCCGCUGAGAAUGCGCGGUUGAAGAGUGAUCUCUUAGGGCUGCGUGGGGAACUGAGGUCUUCUCAGGAGCGAACAAAAGAAGAAACUGAGCUCUUGGAGAAUGAGCUUCAGCUCGCGAAGGCCCACGCUACGAGGCUCGACACAGAGUGGCAGAAAAAGGUGGAGACCGCCGUCGCAAAUUCCAAGGCUGAGAUAGAUGAGCUCAAGAGGGGGCAUAGGGAGGAAAUGGAACAAACUUCUCGGAACUUCGAAACGGAGAUCGCGGAGCUACGUAAGGCGAGACAUGAUAGCGAGGUUCGUCUGGCAGAGUUCCAGAAAGCUGCAUUGCAUUCCAAGGAGGAAGCCUAUGAGCUCGAGAAGAACAGGAUGGAGAGGGACCAUGAAGCCAAAUUGGAGCAGGCUACAAGGAGACACCAGGAUGAACUCGCAAAGGCGGAGUCACGCUCUGAGGAAUGGAAAGCUGAGAAGGAACGACUCGGAGAAUGCCUUGAGAAGGUGGAGCGUAGAAAACGCGAUUUGGAAUCCACUGUCAGUAACCUCGAAGAGCGCUUGUUGAACAAGAAUUCCGAGCUCGACCGGGAGGCAGCCGCGCACAGAUCGGCUGUCGAGGGACUGAUGAAGCAGUUCGAGGCGGAGAUGGAGAGAAGACUGAGAGCUGCGGAGGAGACACUUUUGAAGUCUGAGCAGGUCUGUCGAUCAUCACCGUCAUUACGCGAGGUUCUCAAUGAACAGAUGAAGAGAUCGGAGGCGUUGUCGGAGAAAGAGAAGCGGGUCGAUGAACUCAACUCUAAGAUUGGAUUACUGAUGGCCGAGCUCAAUACUAUUGGAAAUGAGUCUGCGAAAGAAAAACUGCGAAUGGAGGGAGUCCUGGAAGCGACAAGGAAAGGAGCACAGGAGAGAGUAGAGAUAUUGGAGGGGCAGAUGGCUGAGAGGUUGUCGUCGAUGGAGGAAGAGAUGGAGUCAGAAAGGGAGAGGUGGAAGGAAAAAGAGGAGAAGUUGUUAGGGGACUUCAACGCUAGGAUGGGAAGGUUAGAGGCAGAACAUAGGCAAAAACUAGAGGAGACCCGAGACGGAGUGACAAAAAAGUGGGAAGAAGCUCGUGCCGCUGACAGGGCUCGAUUCAGCCGGGAAUUGGAACAGAAACAAGCGCGGCAUGAGGCAGCUGUACGAUGCUUGAAGGCCGAGCAUCAGACAGAGGCGAAAACUCUGCGGGAUGAGAUGCAGAAGGCUCGAAGGACUCUGGAAAGUCGCAUCGAGGAAGCACAGGAAUCCAAGAAGAAGAACGAGGAUGAACUCAACCGCAAACUGGACGAGGCCAAGCACGCUUUGCUCGAACAGGACCGUAAGAUAA